AUGAAGUGUUUGUUAAUUGUUGGAUUAUGGUGCACUCACCCUAACAGCAAAGAAAGACCAAAAGCAGGCCAUGUGAUGAAGGUUCUUCAGCUUGAAGCACCAUUGCCAGUACUUCCAUAUGACAUGCACAGAUAUGAUCAUCUCAUGCCACAAGACAAUGAUUUAAGUCCUUCAGCUCGAUGUACCAUUGCCUGA